GGUAGGAAGCAGCCAAAAACUCUCCCAGCCCCACUGCAUCAGCUUCCUCAAACCCCACCACCCUUUUGUUCAUUUGCUUUUAGCUCCAAACAUCAACCCUUCCACCACAUCUCCACUACCAUUACCUUUAUUGAUCUGCAUUCCCACACCUCCAAAAUCAUAAAGCAGAAAGAAAACCCACACACAGAAGCAUUUCAUCACCCAGAGAAAGAGCCUUGCUUUGUACCAAUGUCCCCAAACCCAACAUUGUUUUCUUUCUUCGUUUUCUUUCCCAUUCUCUUUCCCACCUUUCUGUGUCUGCACAAUCCUCCGGACCCGGCCACGAUCCAACCAUUCCUCCCAACCCACUCUCUACCAGCAACAAUUCCUGCAUUCCCGGAACAAUCCAAUGUGGCUGGCUGCCCACUAGAACUCUCCGAUGAAUUCUUUAAUGGGAUAAAAACCGCAUGCAGUAGCUCAAAAGGUGGCUCUAAUGGAGAACUCCGCCGAAGCCGGUGCUGCCCUGUACUAGCCGCGUGGCUUUACGCCGCCUACUCUGCCACAGCCCUUAGCAGGGCAAGCAGAGUAGGCGCAGCAGUGGCGGCCAGUCAUGGUAGCAACAAUUCCUACGACCUGCCGCUGCUGCCGGAUGAUUCAGAAACCUGUGUGGAUGACUUUGGGAAAACCCUCAAGGCAAAAGGUAUAGAACUGGAGAGACCCAACGCCACCUGCGAUGUGGUGUACUGUUACUGCGGCAUUAGAUUGCACACGUUGAGCUGUCCCGAGGCGUUUUCGGUGACCCAGCAAGGGAAACUGGUCGGGGAUGAGAGCGUGAAGAGGUUAGAGAGGGAUUGCUUGAGUAGCAGCAACAAUGUGAAUGGAUUUCCAGGUCUUGGGGGGUGCUCCAAGUGCUUGAACAGUCUCUAUAAGGUUAACAAGAAGAAAACUUCCAACUCAAGCAAAUCAGGGGACAGGACCACCAAAAUGAACAACAAAGAUUGUCAACUAAUGGGUCUGACAUGGCUUCUCGCAAAGAAUCAAACGGCCUACAUUCACACAGUUUCAGAGGUGUUUCGAGCAACCAUGAUGAGCAAGGAUGGCUCUGAUCCUCGGUCAUGUGCUCUCAACAGCGAUGGAAUGCCUCUGGCUGUUGAUUCCUCUGAAAUCUCUGGCCAUUCUUCUUCAAACACUCUUAGAGCACCCAUCUACCUCUGCAUGUUAUUAGUUUCUUUGCUGUAUAUGCUUUCUUAGCUGAAUCUUUAGAACUAUAGACUAGAAGUUUGGACUAGAAAAUUUGAACUGUGAUUUCUAGUUCUUGGAAUCUUUUUUCUUAAUAUGCAAUGCCAGUUUCUCCCCUGUAUGUGUUAUGUGUAGGUAAAUUCGAAUGUGCUAUUUUUGCCA